AUGCAGCCACUUUGCUUGGAACAGUGCUCGCUUUUCGGAAGUGCCGUAGCGAAAGUGAGCUGGGUGCGCACUUUUCCGAUAACGAAUACCAGAGGAACGGGUUCAUUUCACAGUCGAAACUUGGAAAAAAUCUGUCGACUGGGGAACAACUGUUCGCGUGAACACAAAAGUGCCACCCGCUUUGCAUUGCAGCUGUUGACGGACGCUCGAGAGCCCAGACCGUCUUGGCGGCCGAAACAAAGUUUAGGCCAAAACUUCCUCAAGGAUCCUGCGGUUGCCGCCGCUAUCGUGCAAGCUGUGCGAGCUUGUGAGCCCCUCGAACUGGUCGAAAUUGGUGCCGGAACCGGUGUGCUUACAGAGCCGCUUCUGGAAGUAUUCCCCGGGCUUGUGGCGCUCGAGCUUGACGCACGUGCGGUGGAGCACGUUCGAAAACGCCUUGAACAGAGCGAGCGCUUCCGUUCGGAGCAUUUUCCCGAGCUGCGCACCCGUAUCUACCAUGCAGACUUUUUGCGCUCGGACUGGCUCAGGGAAACCGGCAUGCUCACUAGGCCCGAGCCGCGGAUCACGCUCGUGGGGAAUCUUCCCUACUACAUUGUAUCGCCUAUAUUCUUUCACUGUAUUGAGAGCAUUCAACGAUACCGGAACGCAAUCUUCAUGGUUCAGCACGAAUUUGCAGAACGGUUGAUGGCAAAGCCUCAGUGCAAGGACUACGGAGUCCUAUCGGUGCUGGCUCAGCUCCACGCCGAUAUUCAAGUGCUUCUCCGAGUGCCGCGAAGCGCAUUCUAUCCCAUGCCUAAGGUGAACUCUGUGGUACUGCGCCUGGAUUUUCGAGACCCGUUGCAAAAGGACUGCAUGUCUUGCGGCGUCUCAUCGGAUGUGAUCCGCCUGGCACUGCAUCGGCUCGUUCGACGAGCAUUCCAACAGCGGCGGAAAACUUUACGGAAUACGCUUGGCGAUCAAGUGCCGAUGAGAUGGUCGCGAAGACGUCCUGAGGAGCUCCAUCCAGCUGAAUUCCUCGAAUUAACGAUGAUUCUAUCGCAGGAUGCUGCGCUAGACACGGGAAAGCCGCCUGUGUCUGGCUAG